AUGUCUGCUGCACAGCGUUUGAAUGCCGCGGAGAAAGACCUGGAGAAGUUCAUCAAAUUUCUGGCGCUGAAGUCCACCCAGGUUGUGGUUCAGUCGCGUCUGGGCGAGAAGAUCCAAACGCAAUGCAAUCCGUUGGCGGGCAAUGACUGGUUCAACAUUGUGGUUCAGGACCAUCCCGAAGUUAUGGAAGAGACGAAGCGGGCGUUGGCCCUGAAGCCUAGCGAGAGCAUUCUGCAGCGUCUGCCACUGUGUGUGGAGAUAUCGCUGAAGACAACGGAGGGCGACCAGAUGGUUCUGGAAGUGUGGUCUCUGGAUCUGCUGCAACCAGCCGCUAAUGGCACCACCGCGAAUGGGGGCGCGACCAACGCUCGCGACGACUCCAAGGCGGACAUAAAUGGUAUAAAUGGCGAGAGCCAGACGCUAAAGGCCUCCCACGCCAUCUACAGCCGCAUGGGCAUAAUGCUAAAGUCCCUCAUCUCCCUCACCCGGACCACGCCCGCAUACAAGCUGUCGCGCCGCCAGUGCCCGGACUCGUACGGCAUUUUCUACCGCAUUUAUGUGGAUCGCCCGCAGGUCCAUACGCUCGGCGAGGGACACAAGAAUGUGAAGAUUGGACAGCUGCACACGAUUGUGGGCUCGCUGGUCAUGUCUGUGGCGUAUCGCACAAAGAUGACCAUAUCCCCGACGACGGCCCAGGCCCACCAGACGGAGAACAACAUCAUUAUGCUCAAGUCGGAUCAUUUUCGACCAGCCACCGAUGCCAGCUCACCAAACACCCAGCAGAUACAGACCCACGCCACGGCCGUCGCGAAGAAGUUGGGAUUGGGUGGGCUGAACGCAGCUCUGGGCUCUGGGGAGAGGCGAUGCAUUGAUAUAGAGAAACCGCUGCGUCCGGGCGCCUUCACGGACAUGGGCAAGCUGCGGCAGUACACCGAGGAUGACUUUGUGCUGCCGGAGACGCCGCCGUUUGAGUGGCUGCUGCGGGGCCGACAGCGACACGAGAGCACUGGCAGCGGCUGCUCCAUGGAGUCGCUGAACCGCCUGGACAAUGUGGCCAGUGUCGUGAGCAACAACAUGAACAACAACAACAACCAUACGGCGAAUAAUUUCAACCACAGCCACAAUCUCAACAACAACUCAACGGGCUUCAAAAGCUUCGAGAAGCAGCAGGCAACAAAUGGAGGAGCCAACUCAUUUUCACCCAUCAAGAGCCUGCUAAUACCCGCCACCGCCUAUCGCCACCAUUCGGAGCCAGCGCUAGAGCCCCCCCCAGACGACGACAAUCUGCUGAAGGAGCUGCACUUUCCCUUCGCCUCGCCCACAUCGCAUGUCAACGAUUUGGCCAAAUUCUAUCGAGAAUGCUAUCACGCCCCGCCCCUUCGAGGCCUCAACGAGCUGCAAGCGGAAAUCUCCAGCUCGUCCAGCUCCACAACGCCCGCAUCGAGCAGCUCUGUGGCCGCCUGCGGACCCACAGCAGCCGCCGCAGCGGUCGCCACCAGUGCAGCCGAUGCCAGUGCCCUGGACGAUCUAUCGCGGCAGCUGGAGCAAUUCGAGACAUCGCUAGAGGAUUACGAUAAGCUCGUCUCACAGUUCGGACUGACGGGCUCCUCAUCGUCGGGCAGCCGCAGUAGCGGGGGACUGCAAAUGAGCAACUGAGUGUCAAGUCUGAGUGCGACCGCCUGCGAGGGGAGUUUAAUAAGUUGACCUAUGCUAAGUUGCGUCAUUAGUUAGACUCUAUUUAUGUAUGCCAUUGUGUUUAGUUGAAUUGGUAGGCUGCUACGAUAAUAUGCUGUGUAAAUACUAUGAAUGUAGGCUCUGUAGGCUAUAGUUCCCGUGUAAGUUGUACAUAAGACGGCGGCAACAGCUCGUCAAGUGAGAGGAGAGCUCUUGUCACGUUUCAAAGUUAAGACCAUAGCCACAAAACACACAGAUGCACCGGCAGGGGCAUAUGGUAUAGGUACAUACUAUAUACAUACAUGUAGGGUAGUAACUUGGGCGUACACGUCGCUUGUUUGUUUGUUUCUUUGUUCAAGUGCCUUCUGCCUGCUUGUAAGUGAAAUAAUCAUCCAUGUGUAUAUAUAUAUAACUCUAGAUAAGAGCGCAGUUAAUGGGAAAGCUAUAAAAAGCUAUCCGUGCACACGCAUAGAUACCAUCCAUAAGGUUGAGUAGUAUAGCUAAAGUAUACCCUGCUUGACACAGAUAUGUAUAGAGUGGCCUUCUGUUUGGAAGGUCUAUGCAAAUGCUUAUGCACUUUGUAAUCGGCAAAUGUGUUGCCCCAAGACUUUAAGCAUAAAGAUAUAUUGCAACUAUCGUUUGUACUUUGUAAAUCAGUUAGUGUUUUGUAUUUGAAUUCAUUUGUCUUUGAUCUGUUAUUUAUUUAUUGGUUUCCGAACUGCUCAAAAUUUGCCUACACAUGAGAAUCGAAAUUCAAGUAAUAUACUUACGCAUUAGAUUAAUCAGUAUGAUUAAUAAGAGAAUAAGAAAUUUAUACAUCUAUAUAAAAUAUAAACAAAGAAUAAAAGCAAUUG